GCUGGCACUCUUGCAGUGGCAAAGUGAAAGUUGUUUCUCCCAAAAACGGGAUUCAAAAUCAAACCUUUCACAAGAAAAAGAAAACGUAACAAACUCUUCGAGUUCCACGCUAAACCCGCGUCACUUGUUUCGCCAGUCCGAGUUGGAGACUCAGCAAUAUCCAUGGACGAGUCGGCUUCCGCUUCCUCUCCGCUGCGCCCGGUAACAGUCGACGGAGCCGACGCCGACGCCGCGCUGUCGAAGUCGCGGUUUCUGACACGGGAAGAGGUUCUCAGGCGGCGGCUCCGGCGAGUGAAGCAGCUAGGGCGCUGCUAUCGGGCCCACUAUUGGGCCCUAAUGGAAGAGCUCCGGUCGAAGUACAGAGACUAUAGCUGGACCUACGGAAAGAGCCCCUUCAAGGAGGGCCACAAUGAGACCGACAUCGACUAUCAAAACGGCGGUGGCGUCCCUGCUCUCGGUGGCGGCGACGACAUCGUGCGGUGUCGUUUCAGCGGCUGCAAGACUAAGGCCAUGGCUUUGACGACAUACUGUCACUCUCAUAUAUUGUCCGAUUCCAAACAGAGGCUUUACCAUGGAUGCAGAGCCGUCGCCAAAAAUUUGCCAACAGGGCCUUCAUUCUGUAAUAAGCCAGUACUGAAAACCAUGGUUCCUCCUGCAUGCCCCACUCAUCAUCAAUUCGGUGAAAGGUGUCUAGCUCGUGCAUUAAGAAGGGCAGGGUUAGGGAAUGCUAUCCCUUCGAAUCGUAAGCCUACUGUGAAGUUACAUGUAUUAGUUUCCGAAUUUGUCCACCAAAUUCAAAAUAAACGAAAGCUUGCAUUGAAGGAAACUGCUCCUAAAGUUGAGACUGAAUAAAACUAAUCUGCAUAUUAUAGAAUAUAAUAUUGAGUUCCUGCUGAUUUUGCAAUGCAUAGGAUGGAGGUGGCAAGAUAAAAUAAGUACCUCUGCACAUGUAUGCUUGUAAUCUUUUCUGCAAAUUUGCCUUAGUCAUAUUCAAUGAGCAGCAUCAUUGUCUAUUCAAUAGUUGUUUGUUCUUCAAGUAAAAAAUUGUAUAUACUUCUAAAGCAUUCUGCAUGGAUUAGAAAUCUCAAACCUCAAGUUUUUAUGUUGGA